AGCCAAAAUGAAGGUAGACAUACAAAAUCACGUCGAUCAUCUGCCGGCGCUCAACGGUAUCACCGUUUCAUCUGCCCAUGAUUCCCUCACACUGGAUGAAACAUGUCUGAUGCUAUCGAAUCUACUAACGAGAAGCAACCGUAUGGCUUCGAAAGCGCCCAGCAUCUGCGAUGCAACGGCCAAUGUCGGUGCGAAAACGAACGAGAUCGAUAAGCAACUAUCGAUUUCGGUUAUUACUGAGGAGGAUACUGAGGACGUUUUGGAUUUGCUAAAACGAUUCUUCUUCAAGGAUGAACCCCUCAAUACGUACGUCCAGCUCGGCGAGUGUAAGGAGUUGGAAAAGUACUGCACCAAGAGUCUGGGAGAACGCUCCUCCUACAAGGCCGUCAAUUCGAGAGGCGAAAUUGUGGGUGUCAUCCUUAACGGUACGAUCAUGAAGCCGCAACCAGGUGAUGAACCUCCGCCCAAGCUAGCUGACGGAUGUGCACAUCCCAAGUUUCGGAAAAUCAUGGCCCUGAUGGAUCACGUGGAUGAGCAGUUCGAUAUCUUUGAGCUGUAUCCGGACAUCGAUCGAUUUUUGGACUGCAAAAUUCUUUCGGUCGACACCAACUACCGUGGGAUGGGCAUUGCUGGCCUGCUGACGGAUCGCACCCUCGAAUACGCUACCCGUAACGAUAUUAAGCUGAUACACGUCCUGUGCAGUAGCCAUUUUUCGGCCCGCGUCAUGGAAAAGAUGGACUUUACCGAGGUUUUCCGUCUACCGUACGCGGACUACCGUGUGAACGGGGAGCAGAUAUUUGACCCGGAGAAACCGCACGUGGCGCUAAGAAUUCUCACGAAACGAUUAGACCACUAG